CUACUGGAGCGCAGCGCGAGGCGAGAAGCGCCGCCUGGGAUCGCGAUGAGAAGCGGCUCUCAAGUGGCAACUGGCAGCGCUCGCGGCGCACGUUGGUGAUCGUGCACGCGCCUGACGUUCUCCUUUGGAAUAACGGAUUUCGAUCAGGAAGAAGAAAGAAGAGGAAAAGAAUCUAGAUCUGUGCAGACAGCAAGUCGUAAGACCCCGGACGCAGAGAGGAGACCGAAGAGUUUUAGUCGGCUUGGCCAGGAAUGGUGGAUCACUUACGAGCAAGCGAGGAGAUCUUUCUGUCCUAUGCAGGCUCCCCACCCACACACCAGAUGUUGGACAUGGUGACCAACACGGGGAGCUACCCGAUGCUGGCCUCGCCUUUCUCUGAGGAUGAUCUGAGUGACUCGUCCAGUCCGCGCUCCUGCUCCAGCCCAGAGUCUCAGGUGCUCAGCUCCAGCUAUGGCAGCAGUUCCAGCACUGAGAGCCAGGACAGCAUCCUGGACUUCCUGCUCUCUCAGACCUCCCUUGGCUGCAGCUCCACGGCUCCUCUCUCGGGCGUCCUGUGGGGGUCACGGAGAGACUCCGGUCCGCAGCCUGUGAAGGAGGAGAGCUUCGAGUUCCCCAUCUUCACAGCUGACAUGGAGGACCAGGAGGGGCUCUUCCAGCCCACCCUGGAAGAAAUAGAGGAGUUCCUUGAGGAGAACAUGGAGGUGGUGGCACUGAAGCAGGAGGUGGGCGAAGAGGCAGCUUUGGAGGUGCGAGGCCAGAUAUCAGUGGUAUCGGAUAGUGAAGCUCAGCUAACAGACCAAACGGUGCCAAGUUUUAAUGACACCCUCACAGCAGGUUCAAAUACCAAAGGUAUGCAGAAGGUGCACGAGUCAGGUCUGGUGUCCUGCAGUGAGAUGAAGGCGCAGGAGGUCUCCUCCAAGCCAGUGACAGUGGAUGGUGGUGGGGUUCCGGUCAUCCUGCAAAUUCAGCCGAUUCAGAUCAAACAAGAACAGAAGUCCAGCACAUCCCCAGUCCAGGUUCCUCAGCCUACCCAGCCUGCCUCUGACAUUAAAAUUGCCCAGCUGUUGGUCAACAUUCAAGGACAGACCUUUGCCCUGGUGCCCCAGGUAAUGCCCUCUACCAGCCUCAAUGUGUCCUCCAAGUUCGUCCGCAUUGCCCCGGUCCCCAUUGCGGCCAAGCCUAUGGGGCAUGAAGACAGUGGGGCAGGGGGCCAGGCUGCAGGCCUUCUUUCUGGGAGCCAGAAGUUCCAAAAGAACCCAGUUGCGGACCUUAUAAAAAUGCACAAAUGCACUUUUCCUGGAUGCACCAAGAUGUACACCAAGAGCAGUCACCUGAAGGCCCACCUGAGGAGGCACACUGGGGAGAAGCCCUUUGCAUGCACUUGGGCGGGUUGUGGAUGGAGGUUCUCUCGAUCAGAUGAGCUCUCUCGUCACCGACGUUCCCACUCCGGCGUGAAGCCCUAUCAGUGUCCUGCCUGUGACAAGAAAUUUGCCCGCAGCGACCACCUGUCCAAACACAUCAAGGUGCACCGCUUCCCGCGCGGCAGUAGGACAUUGCGGGCCACCAACUGACCCCGAGUACUGUGGCUGAGGGAGGGGGCACGCAACAUGUGCCCUAAUGUCCACGUGUGGGUCUGUGUCAAUGAGCGUUGACAUGGCACAGUUACGGUACUGUCGUAAUUUAUUGUUUGAGGCAAAAAAAUAAUAGACGAAACGAACGGCAAACAAAAACUGUUACUUGAUACUACGUCCAUUUGGAUGUUCUGAGCUUC